CUCUCUCUCUCUCUCUCUCUCUCUCUCUCACUACUUGCGACUGAGUCUACUCUCUGUAGUCCUUCUCGCUCUACUGUUCGUCCCCAUUCUCAGCCACGAUAACUGCUUCAACGUCUCCCUUUAUCGACGAUUUGUACCAGCCACUAUCACUGCUUCAGAGUCUCAGAAUGGCCCGAAACAGGGAGGCUUUGGUUUUUUUGUUAGAUGUUAGCCCAUCUAUGCACAAUCUUCUUCCUGAUGUUAGUAAACUGUGCCACAUGAUUAUUGAAAGGAAGUUUUUUGACAACAAGAGUGAUGAAGUGGCAGUUGUUCUUUUUGGUACCCAAGAUACGAAUAACGAGCUGGAAAAAGAAGUGGGUGGAUAUGAACAUGUGGUGGUUGUGCGGGCUAUCAAAGUUAUUGCUGAUGAUAUAUUUGAAGUUUUAAGCGAUCUUCCUAGAGGAACUACGCCUGGGGAUUUUUUGGAUGCUAUUGUGGUGGGGAUGGAUUUGUUGAUAAAGAAGUUUGGCCCAACAAACAAGGGAAAGAAGCGGCUUUGUCUUGUAACUAAUGCACAACACCCCAUUAAAGAGCCAGAUGAAGGAACCAAAGACGAUCAGAUUGACGCCCUAUGUGAACAGCUCAAAGCUCAUGGGAUGAAGCUGGAGUGUAUUGUUGCGAGAGGAAAAUUUACUGGGGUUGCAGACAAAAGGAUAGUAAAUGAGAAUGACUACCUUUUGAGUAGAUUUUCAGGGAAAGGAAUUGCGAGAACAGUAUUUGUUGAGGACCGGGCUUCCUUAUUAGGUGCCAUCCAAACCCGGACUGUAUCUCCUGUCACCAUAUUCAGGGGUGACCUAGAAUUAAGCAAUGUAAUGAAGAUCAAGGUAUGGGUUUACAAGAAAAGUGUUGUAGAAAGGUUUCCUACUCUGAAGAAAUAUUCUGAUAAAGCACCACCUAAUUCCAAAUUUUCCACCCAUGAGGUCAAGGUUGACUUUGAGUACAAGAGCAAGGACAAUCCUAAUAAUAUUGUACCUCCAGAGCAGAGAAUUAGAGGUUACCGUUAUGGACCUCAAGUGGUUCCUAUAUCUUCAGCAGAACUGGAAGCUCUGAAAUUCAAACCUGAAAAGGGCAUUAAGCUUUUGGGAUUUACUAAUGCUUCCAACAUCAGGAGGCACCAAUACAUGAGGGACACAUAUGUCUUUAUUCCUGAACCGGGCAAUAGAAAGGCCAUUCUCGCUGUUUCUACAAUGGCACGAGCAAUGAAAAAUGCAAAUAAAGUUUCAAUUCUUCGUUGUGUAUGGAGACAAGGGCAAGGCAAUGUUGUUGUUGGUGUCUUGACACCGAAUCUAUCAUCCUCUGAUAAUAUUCCAGAUUCGUUUUACUUUAAUAUACUUCCUUUUGCUGAGGAUGUGAGGGAGUUCCAUUUCCCUUCUUUCAACAAACUUCCUUUAUCACGGCAGCCAAAUGAGAAACAACAGGGGGCAGCAGACAAUUUGGUCAAAAUGCUUGACCUUGUGCCAUCGGGUAAAGGGGAAGCCUUGAGACCUGAAGUCACACCAAAUCCUGUCUUGGAGAAAUCAAGGGAUUUCAAUGAAUUAUUACGUGAACUAAAGGGAGCAUGCAAGGAGGAAUGUCUGAAGCCUUUUUGGGAGCAUGUCAUGUCUGAAGGUAUCACUUUGAUCAGCAAAAAAGAGUCUUUUGAUAGUGAUGUGUCCGAAGAAGAUGCAAAAGAUUUCCUUGUUAAAGAUGAGAUGCUUCAAUAGAAUCACCUGUAAGAUGCCUAUUCCUCUGAUGCUAAGGCCAAUUAAGAUCUUGUGGCUGGCUAGGACAGAGGUACCUAAUUUGAUGCUUUUGUUUUCUGAUCUUUUUGAUUUAGUAAUUAGGUCUCUUUUCUAUCAUGGAGAAACCCUGUUGUUAUUUUUUGGCGUUCUCUAGUAUUUUGGUUUAUAAAUGAUAUGAAAAACUCCGAAAAUGUGUAUAAAGAAUAUGAAGCAAAAACAAAGAAAAAAGGGUAAAGAAAAAAGGGUAAAAAGAAUGGGGAUAUAUGUACUUAUGCUUGUGUGUAUAAUAUAUACGUUAUUUUUGUAUCCAGCUUGAAUGCAUCCAGUCUAUGGUGUGAUA